GACUUCAACAAGCAGUGGGCACUUGUUAAUAACUUUUGGACAAGGCUCAAUAGUUAUAUAUUAGAUAAUGGUGAUGAGUAUAAAACUUUUGUUUGUAGACUUUCAAAACCUAAGAAAUCAAGCAGAAGAAAAGAAAACCUCCCUCCUGAAAAGCUUCGCAUAACCUGGAAAAGAAAUACUGUGAAUUGUGAAGCUAAAAUCAAAAUAACGUGGUUAGCGGUAUCGAAUAUGGUUAUAAUUGAGAGG